UACAACUGUCAACAUGGCUGCCUCUACGAGUGAUGGUGGCAGCGUUAAACAAAGUAAUAAUUCCACAAGCGAAGAUACAGAGCCUAGUACAGAAGAGUUUUGUCCAGGAUUUAAAGACGUUGACGCAUUUGUUAAGCAUGGAUUGGGUGCUGUUGUCGCUGCUACGAAGGCGUCGGCGUGUCUGCCACAAGCCGGGGAUGAAUUCGAUUUUUACCGGAGCUUCCCUGGCUUCCAAGAUUUCUGUGCCAUACAAGGAGACCGACUGCUGCAAACGAUGAGUCAGCUGAUGCAACACUAUGGCUGCAGCUCUCUCAUGAAGGACCGGAACAAGCUGACCGGACUGGAGGAUCGUUUUGACCUGGUGGUGGAGUCCAAUGACGUCGUCUUGGAGAAAGUGGGGAUUAUGCUGGACGAGGCUUCUGGAAUGAACCGCUCUCAGCCCGUGAUGCCUACUGGAUAUCAGCCUCCCAAAAUCGUUGUGUCUAGCUGGAAUCGCAAGGGAGGAGGUCGUGGGGCCCAGACCUUCUGCCUGCUCCAGGCGAAGAACAUCCAGCGACCCCAGCUGAAGUUCAAGGAGAAGGUGGACAACAGCAACACCCCCUUUGUGUCGAAAAUAUUCAUCAAGCCCAAUGCUACAAAACCACUGCCCUCGUAUUUCACGAACAAACACCUGCAGAAGGAGAGACCUGAGGAUUUAGAUGUACCGGCGGCACUGGCUGACUUCAUCCACCAGCUAAGAACACAAGAGCACAUGGAUGACAUGUUCUCUCAUCCUUAUCAGUACGAACUGGACCAUCUGGUCAUGCCACAGCACCUGGGCCAUAAACCUGAACCCCAGAUGUAUAAACCCCUCGCAGAGACAAGUUGCAAAUUCAUCGACACUUUAGAGGACCUGGUUGCUUUAAAUGAGAAGCUAGCUAAGACCACCGAGUUUGCUGUGGACCUUGAGCACCACUCCUACAGGAGCUUCCUGGGAAUCACCUGCCUGAUGCAAAUCUCCACUCGUGAAGAGGAUUUCAUCAUCGACGCCCUGGAGCUCCGCAGUGAGAUGAACGUUCUGAACGAGAGCUUCACUGAUCCCACGAUCAUCAAGGUUUUCCACGGCGCUGACUUGGAUAUCGAGUGGCUCCAGAAGGACUUUGGGGUUUACGUUGUGAACAUGUUCGACACACACCAGGCUGCCCGCUCCCUGAACCUCGGCAGGAACUCGCUAGACCAUCUUCUCAAGGUCUUCUGUGAUGUGGACUCCAAUAAGCGUUACCAGCUUGCUGACUGGAGAAUCCGUCCCCUGCCAGGGGAGAUGCUGCAAUAUGCGCAGGCUGACACUCACUACUUGCUCUAUGUAUACGAUCGACUAAGAGCAGACCUGUUUGAUGCGGCUAAUGGACAACCUAGCUUGGUACAGGUCGUUUGGUCCAAGAGCAAAGACCUCUGUCUCAAGAAAUACGUGAAGCCCAUCUUUACCGAGGACUCGUAUAUGGAGCUCUACCGGAAGCAGAAGAAAAGCUUUAACAGCCAACAGCUCAUGGCCUUCCGACUGCUCUACAGCUGGCGUGACAAAAUGGCGAGAGAGGAGGACGAGAGCACUGGCUAUGUCUUGCCAAACCACAUGAUGAUGAAGAUCGCUGAGGAGUUGCCCAAGGAGCCCCAGGGCAUCGUGGCAUGCUGCAACCCCACCCCGCCGCUGGUGCGGCAGCAGCUCAACGAGCUCCACCAGCUCAUCAAACAAGCAAGGGAGAUCCCGCUACUCAAGGCUGAGGUGCACACAGAAAAAAGGAAGUCUUUCACCCAGAAAAGAAAGUCCGAGUCGACUUUGUUUGGCCCCCAUGAUACCUCUCAUGUGUCUGAGAGCGGAUUUAUUGAGCUCUCUUCCCAUGAAACCCCAACCAAAGAUGGAGUCCUGUUCUCUGAGGAGGAGGACACACAUCUCAGUGGUGACAUGAAGUCUCUGAGUGGUCUUAUAGCUUCUGCAAAAAUCACUCUCUUUGCGGAGGGCGAGGAUGCAGACAACUCUGGUCACCUCACAGUGGCCCAGCAGAAGGCACGCAACAUCACAGACUCUUUUGAGAACCCUUUCCGAAUGUAUUUACCCUCAAAGGAUAUUCAUAUUUCCAAAAAUGCGAAAUACGACCCUUCGUCAAAGAUUUAUGAGAUCAGUAAUCAAUGGAAGCUGCAGAGCCUUGAACAGCAGCAGAAGGAGGCACAGGCCAAACGACAGGCCCACGAGCAGGCAAAAAAAGCUAGAGAGAAGCGUAAAAAAGCCAAACAGAGUUAUCAAGAGUCUCUACAGAGCGUCAGUACAGUUAGGCAGCAAGUCAUGGAAGCAAAACAAGGGCAGAAGAGGGAGAGGAUUGCAAGUGAAGCGAGAGAAGUCACUCCAAAACCAAACAAGGUCAUGAAAAGGGAGGAGACGCCCAUCGCGUCCAACAAGCAGUCUGAAGAUUCUAAUCCAUCAACGGCCUUCACACCCUACGACUACAGCCAAUCAAAUUUCAAAGUUUUCACUGGAGGAAAAUCGAAAGACUCCGCCCAGUUCGAUCCAAACAGGCAGACUCAUGAGCGCAGUCGAAAGAAAAACCCAAAAGGACAGAAGCAAAAUGCUGCUGGAGGCAGGAGCAUGUCCUACAUGCGUGCAAAAUCAGACAGAGGAUUUCGUCAUAACUGGCCCAAGAGAUAGAAAUCUUGCUGGAUAUUUGCCUCCUUUUUUAAAGGAUUAUAAAAAUUUCCUUCUUCAAGCUUUUUUUUUUUUUUAAUAAUGUGGACUAUUUUUAUCAAACAUUUACAUAUAUUGAAUUUGGAAAAGGCUACAUAGUGUUGCAUUCAAAUUUCUGAAAACCAAUAAAAUGUUUGAAUUUUCUGUGCA